CAUUUUCUCUUUCUCCUGUUUGGAUUCAAAAUUUUACUUUUGAAAGCUGUACAAGAGUGCGAGAGAACCACCAUCGCCACUAUCGUUCACCGUCACUAAAAUAGUCAGUCGUUGUCGCUGCAACCAUCAUUGGUUUCGAAGCACAAUUGAAUGACAAAACUAUGGGUUUUGGAGAUUCCCAUCAUUCGUUUUGGAGUUCACAACCAUUUUCGAUUGAUGUCGUUCGUUUAAAUCAUUGAAACGUGUAGCCCCCAGGUUUUCCAAAUCAAAGGCGACGUCAAGCAACCCGUUUUCACUUGCAAGUUCAGCUUCAGGGACAAGAAUCCCGCUCACUUCCCUUCGCCCAACGCGAACAGUACCGCCGAGCGAAAAGGAUGGUCCAUCACCGUUCACGACCUUUCCGGCUCGCCGGUCGCCGCCGCCCCCAUGGCCACGCCCUUUGUCCCUUCCCCGGGUUCGCAGCGGGUCAGCCGCUCCAACCCCGGAGCCUGGCUCAUAAUCCGCCCCGGCGGAGACGGCACGUGGAAGCCCUGGGGCCGCCUCGAGGCCUGGCGUGAGCCCAACAACUCCAACGCCGUGGGCUACCGAUUUCAAAUCCUCCCCGCAACCGCUGACCCAGUCACCCUCGCAGGGUCCACCAUCAGCUCCCAACACGGCGGGAAAUUCACCAUCGACGCUACCUCCGGCGUCACUCCGUUGAACACUCCGCGCGGCAGCUGGGAUCUCGGGUCCGGGUCCAGUUUAGAUUUCGGAUUUGAACCGAAUUCGCUUUUUAACAAGGGGUUUGUGAUGUCAGCGACAGUGGACGGUGAAGGGAAGUGUAGCAAACCCGAAGUGGAGGUUGGGGUACAGCACGUGACUUGCACGGAAGAUGCUGCUGCUCUCGUUGCUCUCGCGGCGGCCCUGGAUUUGAGUAUGGACACUUGCAAGCUGUUCUCCCAGAAACUCCGCAAGGAGUUAAGGCAGUAGAUUCUGGAUUUGGUCUUUUCGAGUUAUACAUGUAAAAUAUCCUAUACAGUAAACUCUACAAGACAGUAGUACACUGACAGGUAGUAGAAUGACAGAGAGAAAUCUAUUAUUGAGAAGUUGAGUUGCCACUGAGGAAUCUAAUCCAAAUGAACCGUGAUGAAG